CCGUUCCCUGGAGCCGCCGCCGGGUCCCCGCUGCCCGCUCGUGUGCGGCGCGCGGCUGCCGCCGGCCGGGCUGUGAGGGGCGGGGCGGGGCGGGGCGGGGCGCGGCGAUGCCGGUGAAGAAGAAGAGAAAGUCGGCGGCGGCAGCGGCGGCAGCGGCGGACGAGACCGGCCUCAAGAAGUGCAAGCUCGGCAGCUAUUGCAGAUCACAAGCCUCUGGUAAAGUGAUAAGUGGAGAGGAGCAUUUUUCAAGCAAGAAGUGCCUGGCCUGGUUUUAUGAAUAUGCAGGUCCUGAUGAAGUUGUAGGACCAGAAGGUAUGGAAAAGUUCUGUGAAGACAUUGGUGUUGAGCCUGAAAAUAUCAUUAUGCUAGUUUUAGCUUGGAAAUUAGAAGCUGAAAGCAUGGGAUUUUUUACCAAGGAAGAAUGGUUAAAGGGGAUGACCUCAUUACAGUGUGACAGCACAGAAAAGUUACAAAAUAAGUUUGACUUUUUGCGGUCACAGCUGAAUGACUUUUCUUCCUUUAAGAAUAUCUACAGAUAUGCCUUUGAUUUUGCAAGGGAUAAAGACCAACGAAGUCUUGAUAUUGACACUGCAAAAUCUAUGUUAGCUCUUUUGCUUGGAAGAACUUGGCCACUGUUUUCAGUAUUUUACCAAUACUUGGAGCAAUCAAAGUAUAGAGUUAUGAACAAAGAUCAGUGGUACAACGUAUUAGAAUUCAGCAGAACUGUCCAUGCAGAUCUUAGCAACUAUGACGAAGAUGGUGCAUGGCCUGUUCUCCUGGAUGAAUUUGUUGAAUGGCAAAAAGUUCGUCAAGCAUCAUAGCACGAACAACUCCAGGGGGGAGAAAAGCAGGAUUUUUUUGAUGCCCACUUCUAUACAAACUAAUGAGAAGAAUAUAAGGGUUGUAUUUUCAUCCUUAUGAAAGACUUUACAAUAUUUUUUUUCCUUUUCUUAAGGAAGUUUUCUUGUUACAUGUGAUAUGGGCAUUGAACCACACCUCUUCUAAGACUGAAAGUUGGAGUUUUUGUUUUUGAGUCUUAUGUUAAUAGUGUUUAUUUCAGAAAAAUAAAGAAUCAGAUUUGUGACAACGGCCUAAAAGUGAAGGAUGUCCCUUGAAUGUGAGUGUGGUGUCUUUUUAAAAACCAAAAGUUUAAGAGUAUCUUUCUUAAAAGUGCCCUUGCCUAUGAGGGGGUUGGGUUUUUUUGUUUUUUUGUCUUAAAUUCUGGAACUUUUUAAAGAAGUGCUUAACUGGUCUUUUAGUUUGUUGAUGGUAUGAUUGUCUUGUGCUACACAAGUUAAGAAUGGUUGACCUUGAGCCUUAGUUAGUGGUUUGCAUACUAGUGUUGGGUCAUAGUGUGUGCCACAGCUUUCAGUUCUAAGUGGAGACAACAGCUUUAAAAUCUGUUUCUCCAGUACCCACUCAGGGCUUUGUCAUUUAACGGCAUGUCCAUGUUAAGUAGAAGAUAGCAUGGAAUAUGGCUUCAUGCAGUAUAUGGUUGAACAAUAGCCGCCUGUAUGUCAAAGAGUACCAACAUUAACUUGUCUAGUAUGCCUAGGCGGCUGCAAAUACUACAGCUUUGCUUUUGGAUUGCUUUAAGUGAAAAAGUUCAGUUUCUUUUUUAAGAGGAAAACUAGAAAGACCAAGUGACUUGCCUCCAAGGCUUUUGCUGUUUAUGUAUGUUAGACUAGAAGCAAGGUGAUCCUCUUUAACAUCUGCUCCCUGCAAGUUUUUCACAGGACCAGAAGGGAUCAAUAGAUCACCUAGUGUGACCUGUAUAUCAUAGGACAUCAGUUUCACCUGGUUAAACCUUUACUGAACCCAAGGGCUGUUUUUCUGUUGCCUUAUUUUGGAAUCUGAGACCCCCUGGCAACAUUUUAAAUCUUGGGGAGGCUGAUACUACUCCUUAAUGAAGACAGAUGCUAGACUUAAGUUAUAGUGUUAUUGAUGAGGAAGAAGAAUUUAAUGAGUUAAUGUGGAAGCCCAGAAUGAGUGAGAGAGUGAAACAUUUGUGAUCCCUACCCUGUUGUAUUAUUUUAUUACUCUAAACCAGUAACAUCAGGAAACUACAGAGAGUGAUCUCAAGGUCCCUUUGUGCCAAAAGCUUCAAACACAAAAUAAAAAAUGUAGUAUGAUCUCUGUGGAAGGGACUAAGCCAGGCAUGACUUGAAGAGCUUUGCCUCAGGGAAGCGAUUCUGUUUUGCACAACACUUUUCCAGGAUAACAAAGACAAGGAAGACCCAUGCUUGAGGAAAGGUUUAUUCUUAAGUUCAGUAACUGUUUUUUUUGUUUGUUUUUUUUCAGUAGGAAAAAAAAAUUAAAUAAUAGUGUGCGUUCAUGUUCUUAUUCUCAAAGAAAGAACUACUACUCUUCAGAUUUAAUUACUGUUCAGAGUGCAGAAACAUUGACAGUCAGUGCUGUCCCAGAAAAAGUUUUACAAGAGUCACUUUAUACUGUAGACUUACACUUUUUCCUCUUAGAACCAUAGAAGGAUAGGGUGAACCUAUAUUGGCUAGUGUCUGUGUGCACAUGCAUAAACUCUAUAGCUGAUUUAAACAUUUUUUUUCAGGCCUUGGGAGAAAGUUCUUAACUUCAGUCCAGUAAAUCUGAUACGGUUUACAGCCGUUUCUCCCAGUUUAUGAAAGUCACAAGUUUUGCAUUUGCUUUGCUGGUACUUGCACCCACAACUGAGUGCCUUUUAGUUGAAAAUUGUCCUGCAUUUCCUACAGAGAAGCAGCGCCAGCCCCUGUAAGUUAUUUCAGGAGUCCAAGGAUCCACUGGUAAAGGCAGGGUCAUAAGGUACAUGGGAUGAGGAAGCACCAAAAAAUUAUGUCAAAGAUGUAUUGUGUAGAUGCACUAAAUAUUGCAAAGACAUGCAUGAAAUAAAUCGUUGAACUUUCUUGUAAUGACAAGUUUGGGCUGGAAAAAAAUAACUUUUUCCCCCACCCUUCUUCACCUCUUUCUUCCCUCCAAGUGUUGGACUACAAGUUAGAUGUUAAACAUUGUGAAGUGGGGACAGGGGAGGGAAUAUGCUUUUAAGUAACUAGGAACUGUUGUGAAUUCUAUUUUAAACAACUUGGUCGGAGCAGGUGGUAUUGGUGUAUAACAGUGGGAGUGAUGCAUCUGCCAAUGAUCAGAUGUUCAGAUAGUAAAUGUGAAGGUAGACACUUUGUAAAGCAUAAUUUGUAUCUCUGUUAAGCUUUUAUCAGUAUUCCUAUAAUAAAUCCAUAUUUCAGGGAUUUAUACCUUGGUUGUGCGUGUGUUUGAGAAUCGUGAGUUUAUUGUAAAAUGUAGGCUGGGAAUGAAUGUAUUUAGAGUAAAAAUCAGUAUAAUUUUUCAAACUAAAUAAAAAUAGGAUUUUUAAGUUAUGAGGGUUUGUUGUGCUCAUAACUGCAAUCAGGUUUGCUCUUUAAAUGUGAAUUACUGCCUUGUACAGUUUCAUUGUGGACUGGUCACUUUAGCUGUUUUACUGGAGGGGAGAGGAUGUACUUAACCUCCUUACAGCUUUUUGCAUAUAAGUGCCAAAAAAGCUAUUAAAACAUUUAUUUUCUUGUGUUCCUGUCCACAAGCCAAAUCUGAGCCCAUCUGAAUGUUUUAGCCUAGAAAUUUAGUUUUGCUUUCCUCAGAUGAAUUUCAGUCUAUUAAUUUAAAUAUAGCUGCAACAAGUUUUUUCAAUAUUUUUUUUUUAAAAGACACUGGAUUAAGUUAAAAAAAAUGGACUGUCACAGUUAUGAAAAACAAUAAAAGCAAAGAAACUUAAGCAGUGAGAGAUGUUGUGUCUUCCAAAAGCUAAUGAUGGUGGUGUCUCUGUGGUAUUAUAAACUUCCCUUUAAUUCUGAUGACUUCUUCUCAGAGUGUUAGUUCUUUUUAAUAUUGCUUGUGUCCAUGAAUUGCCUUGUUUACUUUACUAGAAACAAUGUAAAUUGCAUUUCAAAACACAUCAUAAUUACUUAAAAAGCUGCGUGAGUGGGUAGGGAAGUAAUGGUUUCUCAUACAUAUGAGACUGUAUAUAGAGAAUCAUAUUUAAAGAGUUACCUGUAUUUCCUUAUAAGAUUCUGAUGCUGUAAUUCUUUGUUUAUACCUGCUUAACUCUACAUCUGCACGAAGUCAAGCAUAUUCCUAAGUGUUUGCAACAUUAGGGCCUAUCUUGGCUCUAUUUGUAUCUUAUUUAACUUUGCAUUUUUUAGAUUUUUUUUAACCUUUUCCUAAGAUGACUGUUUGUAACUUCAUGUUUUUAUAUGGCAGAAUUGUUUAAACAUUUUGGUUUGACAUUACUAUGGAUGAAAACUUGGUAAAGGUCACAUUGUCAGAAGGGUUACAUCAUCAUCUAUAUUUGAAUUCUUGUUUUUCCUUGAGGAAUUUUUUUUAACCUGUCAAGGACUUUGACUUUUGUUUAACUGGCAUUGACAACUUGAAAUUUGAAAUGGGGACCACAAAUUUAAGUAAUACUUCUGUGUAUUUCGUUCUUUUUUUUUUUUAUAAAGCUAGUUAACAGUUCUUUUGUGCAAAAUGUACAAACUUGUACAGUUUAGCCUUGUUCAAAUAUUGAAUAAAAGUAAAUUAUAUAAUAGGGCA